AUGGAGAAGAAGAUGGAGAAGGAGACCAUGGACCUGCUGGCCCACCAAGGGGCCCCUCGAGCAGCUCGCCUGAGCUCGUCUGGGGCUGUCUUCAUCAUGCUUAAGUCUGCGCUUGGUGCGGGACUCCUCAACUUCCCUUGGGCUUUCCACAAAGCUGGAGGUGUGAGUGCAGCCAUUGUCGUGGAAAUGGUCUCCUUGGUGUUCCUGAUCAGCGGGCUGGUAAUCCUUGGACAUGCCUCAUUCAUCAGCGGCCAGAGCACGUACCAGGGUGUGGUUCGAGAGGUGUGCGGACGUGCCAUUGGAUGGCUCUGUGAGGUCUGCUUUGUCUUCAACCUAUUCAUGAUCUCCGUUGCCUUCCUGGUGGUGGUGCAGGACCAGCUGGAGAAAUUAGGCCACUCUCUGUACGGAACAAUGACGGGCUUUGCGGAAGCAGAAGUGCCGCACCACUGGUACACAGAUCAGCGCUUUGCCCUCUUCCUCAUUUGUCUCCUCGUCAUUGUUCCCCUCUCCAUCCCAAAGGAGAUCAGAACCCAGAAGUACAGCAGUGUUCUGGGCACUCUAGCUGCCACAUACCUUAGUGCUGCGGUUAUUGUGAAGUACUACACAGAAGGAGACCAUGUGGUUGCAAUCUCCCCUCUGUACUCCAGCAGCAUAAAUUCCUGGGCAACAGUGUUUAGUGUCAUACCAACCAUCUGUUUUGGCUUUCAGUGUCACGAGGCCAGCGUCGCCAUCUACAGCAGCAUGGAAAACAAGACGCUCUCGCACUGGGUGCUCGUCUCCGUCGUGUCCAUGUUCUUCUGCCUGCUCAUCUACUCCCUGACAGGGAUUUUUGGGUAUCUCACAUUUGGAAAGGAUGUGGCCGCGGACAUCCUGAUGUCAUACCCUGGAGAUGACAUUGCCAUGAUCAUUGCCAGAUUGCUCUUUGGAAUUUCCAUCAUCACAAUCUACCCCAUCACCCUUUUGCUGGGGAGGUCUGUAAUUCAGGACCUGCUGCUGCGGUGCCGAUGGCAAUGUACGUUGGUGACGCCACUGUCUGAGAGCCGCAGUCGCAUGGUGCUGACGCUCACCUGGAUUGCCGUCACCCUCCUCAUCGCCAUCUUCGUCCCUGACAUCAGUGAGGUCAUUAGUGUCAUCGGAGGCAUCAGUGCUUUCUUCAUCUUUAUCUUCCCAGGCCUCUGCCUGAUGUUUUCUACACACUCAGAGUCUGUGUCUCCGAGGACAAGAGUGGCUCUGACCACGUGGGGAGUCGUUACCCUUCUGUGUGGGGUGUUCAUCUUCGGACAGAGCACGACCGUUGCCAUCAUGGACAUCCUGAACAAAUUUUGA